AUGUCACAGAGCAAUAAGUGCAGAGUCUACGUUGGGAACAUUUCCUGGAAAGUGAAAUGGCAAGAUCUUAAGGAUCACAUGAAACAGGUUGGGGAGGUGGUUAGGGCAGACAUCAUCGAAGAUUAUGACGGUAAAUCGAAGGGCUGCGGCGUCGUGGAGUACGUUGAUGAGGAAACUGCCCAAAAGGCUAUGAAAGAGCUCAACGAUACAAUGCUUUUCGAUCGCCCAAUUUUUGUACGAGAGGAUAGGGAGCAGGCGCACAACUUUCGUAGCUCAAAGAAAGGGAACGCCGGCAAGGAUUGGCAACAGACAAGAGGGGGGCGUAGCCCAAGUGGCGAUGCUACUGGCGUCUGUGUCAUAGUGACCAACCUCCAGUGGAAGACCUCCUGGCAGGAUUUGAAGGAUCUUUUCAAAAGCUGCGCCUCCGUGAACAGCUGCAUGUAUGAAAUUGUUUUCUUUAUCGAACAUCAUUUGCGCCUGUCGAUGUCUGAGGAUGGUCAUGUGAUGAGCAGGGUUGACGUUCUCACUAGAGACAACGGGAAGUCUAAGGGUGUCGCUAAAGUUUAUGUGCCAACCGAGGAGGAUGCCAAUGCGUUAAUUAACAAAUUCAACGACUAUCUUUUGGACGGAAGGAACAUUGGUGUCAAGCUUGACCAAAAAGAGCACUCUUCGUCGGCGUAG